AUGAUGAAGUUUGUGAUCCUAGCUGCUGCCGUGUGCGCUGUGGCCUUCGGUGCCCCCAGGGCCUCACACUUAGCUGCCCCCGAAGCCUCAGUUCCGUCUGACCACAAUACCACAGUUGUGCCCAUCCUUGAGGACAAGCGCACAAACGACAACAAUGGAACGUUUACCGUCAACGUGAAGACUGGCAACGGUAUCACCAUGUCCAGUUCUGGCUCUCCCUCCGGUACUAACGGUUCUGUGGUCCAGACUGGAGAAUUUUCCUACACUGCCCCUGACGGCACCCCAGUCACAGUGAAGUUCAUCGCUGAUGAGAACGGCUUCCAGCCCCAGUCCAACAUGAUGCCGGUGGCUCCUGCCUUCCCCCACCCAAUCGCCCAGUUUGUACUGGACCAGAUCGCCUUCGCCGCUAAGGAAGACUCUGCUCGCUCUUAGGCCCUCGCUGAGGCCAUCUUUGAGAACCCAGCUUCCUUAUCCUAGACCUCUACCCAAUAUCUGCAGCAGCUGUUGCUGUUGCUCUCUGGUGUUACUCAGCUGUGAUUAAACUGGCGAUAACCUUUGUAACUGUAUUAUUUUUAUUUAUUUUACUUUUAAUUUUAUUUAAAAAAUGACGCCUAAUAAAAUAAUA